UAGAUAUUAGGCAAGGAAUAGCUGAAGGUGGAUGUUGUUCUGGGUGGGGAAGAACUUACUGGUUCCCCCAAGAAUUUGGGAAAGUGUGAGAGAAUUUAUGUCUGGGCAUCUGCUGCACUGACCUUAAAGUGACUUUAGCACUGGCUGUUUGGCAGGAUCCAGUGUGAUUCUUCAUUGAACCGUAUUUUGACUCUACUCAUCCUUUAUUUUCUCUAUUCAUCAUAUUUAUUCAUUCAACCCAAAGACAAUGGAUGUCUACUCUGCCAGGAGGUUGAUCCACUCACUGUGAUUCACAGCAUAGGAUUACACAUGUGGUACUGCAAAUUGUCAUACCUACCAAGCAGACUCCAGGGCUUUAUGAAGGGUGGGGUCAUAUGCCCGGCCCUUCAGCAGCCCAGCUUCAAAAGCUUAUUUCCUUUAACUGUUCAUGGACACCAUACAGCCUCCAAGCCUCUGAACUGUUCCUGGCAACAACAUGAAGACCAUUUUGAACUACAAUAUGCUAACACAGUGAUGCGCUUUGAUUAUGUCUGGCUACGAGACCACUGCCGAUCAGCAUCUUGCUACAACUCGAAAACUCAUCAGCGUAGUUUGGACACUGCCAGUGUGGAUUUAUGUAUCAAGCCAAAGACCAUUCGCCUGGAUGCGACCACACUCUUUUUCACUUGGCCAGAUGGUCAUGUGACAAGAUAUGAUUUGGAUUGGCUGGUGAGAAACAGCUAUGAAGGGCAGAAGCAGAAGGUUAUUCAGCCUAGAAUAUUAUGGAAUGCUGAAAUCUACCAACAAGCUCAAGUCCCAUCUGUGGAUUUCCAAAGUUUUUUAGAAACUAAUGAGGGACUGAAGAAGUUUCUGCAAAACUUUCUUCUCUAUGGAAUUGCAUUUGUAGAGAACGUCCCUCCCACUCAAGAACACACAGCAAGGUUGGCAGAAAGGAUCAGUUUGAUCAGAGAAACAAUCUAUGGGAGGAUGUGGCAUUUCACUUCAGACUUCUCCAGAGGUGAUACUGCAUACACCAAGCUGGCUCUGGAUCGGCACACUGACACUACCUAUUUUCAAGAGCCCUGUGGCAUUCAAGUGUUUCACUGUCUUAAACAUGAAGGAACCGGUGGCAAGACGUUGCUGGUAGAUGGAUUUUAUGCAGCAGAACAGGUACUUCAAAAGGCACCUGAGGAAUUUGAACUCCUCAGCAAAGUACCAUUGAAGCAUGAGUAUAUUGAAAAUGUUGGAGAAAGUCACAACCACAUGAUUGGAGUUGGGCCAGUGUUAAAUAUCUACCCAUGGAAUAAAGAGCUCUAUUUGAUCAGGUACAACAACUAUGACCGGGCUGUCAUCAAUACUGUACCUUAUGAUGUUGUCCAUCGUUGGUAUACUGCACACCGCACUCUAACAAAAGAGUUGAGGAGACCUGAGAAUGAAUUUUGGGUCAAACUGAAGCCUGGCAGGGUCCUAUUUAUAGACAACUGGCGUGUCCUACAUGGCAGAGAAUCCUUCACUGGCUACCGCCAACUCUGUGGCUGUUAUUUAACUAGAGAUGAUGUCCUAAACACUGCUCGCCUCUUGGGGCUUCAGGCUUAACAGCGACAGCAUUGUGAUUAAGAAUACACCUGGCACUCUGGUUACCAGAAUCUCACAUAAGCAGAAUAGUAAUUGUGCUAGAAACCUACUUCAGAUUGUCUCUGUCUCACCUCACAACACAGAAGCUGCCCCUAUCUCUGGGAAGGGAAACCUGUUGAGGGGUGGGGUGCUCAGAAUAGCCUGCUGUCAGCUAUCUAGUGUGGCAGCUUUCGUCCCUAACAUGUAACAUGGCCCACUUGUUUGGUUGUUUUUUUAAGUCUUUGCAUAUAAUACUAACCAGUCUGCUUCAGAAACACACUCUUCAUAUUUGCAGAUCAAUAGCAGCCAUUAGAACUGUUAGAAGGAAAUCAAUUCUAAAAAUGACAGUAUGUUCAUAAAUGAGCAAUAUGCAAAUUUGGUGAUCUUGGACACCUUACCACUACCAAUAGCUAUUGAGGACCUCAAAGAGUGCUCGGGUGUGGGUUAUAACUAUUGACACUUAUUAUAUUGACAGAAAUGUUUAAAACCCAAGAACACAGAAGAAUACCUCCCUCAGCUACCAGACAGACAAUACAUUAUCACACACCAUGUAACCUCUGGAAAAGUCCUCUGUACAUGCACUGACAUGGUAAGAGUGAAAAAAGAAGGUGCCAUCUUAGUGUUAUUCUAAAAAUGGCUUGUAACAUACAGACCCAUUAGGGAGCCCUCCAGGGGCCAUAUUUUUUGAGAACUGAUGAUCCAGAAAACAUCUUGGACAGGCAUGUACACAGGCCUGUGGAUGAAAGGGUUUACAAGAAACCCUAGAUGUUUCCUCUAGAGUCUCCUAGAGCUGCAGACACUGUAGCAAUUGCUUGGUAGCACAAGCUCAAUGAUGCAAAAACUGAAUUCAACUACAGUGUCAACUAUAAUGUUUUAUCUCCUGGAAAGUUAUUUCCAUCCAAAUCAUCUCUCAAGGAGUUAGGUGAGCCACAACAGUUGCUAUGAACAAUCAGUUUGGUAAUUACGUGAUGGACAAUUGCAGAACAUUUUCAGAGACUUUGGAGCAUCUGUAUGCUAAGUCUUCACAUAGACCUUUACACACACAACAGAGCUACCCCACCUGUCCCUGUCACCCUGGCCCCUGAUGUGCAUCAAGACAGAAUACAAAAGGUUAAUCUGUAAGAUUGUUUAAGGACAUAUGCAUUGUAAUGUGCCUCCAGAAAACUUGAAAUUAUCCAUACUUACAUUUUGGCGAUCUGAUUAUACAAUAGGGUGCAACCUAUUUCCCUCUAUUUCUGUUGAUCAUUUUUUAAUUUUCAGCCCACUCUUAAAAUAUGCAUGUUAAUUGGUAAGGUUUGACCGAAUCAAAUGCAAUACCUUGCUUCUCCUAUUUUUAAAAAUGUAUCAUUUUAUGUGUUGCAGGGGAGAGGGAGACAGGGAAGAGAAAGGAGUUAUAGAUUUCCACCCCAAUUUCUUCCCACGUCAGCUCUCACUAAAAGCGAAGCCAUACAAUAACCACAUAAACACUGUCGAAUGGUGAAAAACCCUGAAAGAUGCACACACUCAAGAGAAAAAGAAAACCAUGGACAUAGGUGUCAUAAAGCAGAGAAAUGUUUGCAUUCUGACAGUGCAUAGAGCCUAAUCUGAUGUCACAUAUGAUAGUUGAACCACUCAGUGCUGCUGUAAAAUGUGUCCUCAAAGUAUUUUUUUGAAUUUUAUUUGUACUAUAUAGGAAUAUUUAGGGGUCUUCCAUGAAAUUCAUUUUCCUCCUAGGUCAGAGGAUUGAUCAAGAAGUUUGAGUUACACCCUUUAGCAAUUAGAUCAGAAGUAACAGCUUUUUACUAUGAAAAAAUUCUGUCUCUACUAUUAUAUCCUCUUACAAUAUGUCACUGUCAGUCUUCUUCAGUACAUUUUGCUUCUUUUUUUUUUUUUUUAGUUUUUCAUAAAUUGAAUGUAACCAAAGCCAGCAUAUACUGAUGGCAAAGGCCCUCGAAUGAUAAGGAAGGAUAAAGGCAGGAGUCCUUCAGUCCUACCCCCCCACCCCUUUCUGGAGAACUCACACCAUAUUCUGCUUUCCCUGACUUAUUAGUGAAAUAGUUAUUUCAAUCUCCUCAUAACUUUUUUAAUUGAUCUGCUUCAAAAA